CAGCGAGCCUUGAGGGGAACGCGAAAAACUGUGUUUUGGCUGUGCCUGGAGGGACUCCAUUACCGCAUGACAUUUUCCCGCCAGUGCCAGAGAUGAUUGAGACAGCGCGGGAGGACGGCGCUGCCCCCUGACGACCGUGCUAGAUAGCCGAGUCAGAUACAGACGCAUACAAGUCGAAACACCACCGUUAGUCGGGACAGAGUUCCGGUCAUCAGGGGAGAUCUGUGGGCUGACCGGAAGUAGCCGUGUCUCGGUCCUCCUGAACCAGGAUGCGACCCCGCACCGCCCACCCCCUCAGGGGGCCAGCCUCCACCCUCUCUGACGUCAUCAAGUAUGGGUUCUUUCAUCAAGUUCGCCUCCUCGUUUCUUCGGGCGUCGAUCUGGAGUCCCGCGAUGCCUUGCGGCGGACUCCCAUCAUCCUCUGCGCACUGAUGGAACCGGAAGCCUGGGGCGCCAGCCUUGCAAUGACACUGAUCGAGCACGGCGCUCGCCUGGCCCAGCGAGACCGCUUCGGGCGGAACGCACUUCACUACGCCUGUAUCUACGAGCGGGGCCGUCUCGUCAACAUCCUUCUCAAAGCGACCGAUUUCGACCUGAACCAGUCCGACAAAAUGGGCAACACUGCUCUCCACUACGCUGCCAUGUCCGGGAACGCGACUAUCACGCAAGCUCUGGCGAGCGCGUGUCGAAAAUACAAACUAAGCAUGCACAAAACUAACCUGCAGGGCAGGACUGCUCUGGAAGAGGCGUACUUUUGCGGUCACGGCGCAUGCGCUCACGCAGUGGAGCAAGUGUUGUUGGAGAAGCGACCCGGAAGUGCUAUCAAAGACGUUCGUUUCGCGGAUGACGUAACAGUGAGCCCUCGAUACUUGGCUCCGCCCUCAAAUCACGUGACGGGCAGAAGCCCCUCCCUUAGACCUAUGUCUGCCGCCUUCCUCACUAGGCGAGACUCCGCCUCAUCAUUCACCUCGGUAGACGACCGGAAGUCCUCCAUUAGAAGCAGAUCAAAUCUCAGUCUGCCCGUCUAUGGAUAUUACAGAAAAACCCAAAGCCCGCUCUACGCCCUAGGCUACAAGAACGACAAGGAAGUGAUACCCUGUGUCGCUGAGAACGACUUCCGGAACAAGCCAAGCUACGUAUUUAAGAUGGUCCACCUGCCCUAUGACCCCGAGGACUGGGACCCUGUCUCCUCAAUGGACUCAUCCAACAGAACUAGCACCGCCUGGCCGGAGUCUUGUAGCGUGAGUCACACCCAGCACUCAGUGACACCAAAUGAUUGGAGAGCGGAGCUGAAACUUUUGUUCAAGGUGUAUGAGAACCAGUGCUCUGCCUCGUGGCGGGCCAGCCGGAAGUGGGAACCGGCGCCCCCUGUGGAGCAUGACCCCAGCUGCCCUGGGCCUGAGGCAGGGACGGAAGAGAAGGGCAGGCGGGGGAGGCGGGGCAGUGUCGUCUCAAGGACAUCUGCCAAGGACGCGACAGCUCCAGCAGACCUCCGCCGACGAAUGUCCACCACCAGACUGAAGCGCCAGCCCUCAGCCUCUGGUCACUCCGGGAAACUGGACAGCGGCCUGGACACCAGCUCCGAGUCCAUCAACAGUCUAGCGUCCGCCAAGAGGCGGGGCUUAGACUCGUCGGACACGGGGUCGGGCGGAAGAUUUGACAAGUGUGCCAGUCUCCCAUCCCCUCCGUCAACGUCACCAACAAACAGGGAGACAACUCUGCCGUACCGGAAGACAUCUGGUCCUAAAAUAGACGUCCCCUCUGAUGAUGCGAUCCAGCUUCCGCCCGUCCACAACGCUCUCCGUCCCGUUUCGCCCCGGGCUGGAUCUAGCUCUGGCUCCCGUCAGCAAAGUGUGACUACGGGACCCACUAGCGGCAGGUCUUCUGCUAUCCGGGCCCCUGACCCAGGAGCUGAUGACACAAGGAUGGGGUCAAGGUCUCUAGGUCAAAACGUUGACCCUGUUGGAUGUGUAGGAGCCAUCCCAAAAGUGAAAGAGAUCUUGGCGCCAAACAUGACGUCACUGGGCGGGGAGAAUGUGGAAGUGGACACCACCAAGCUUUGGGUACAGCACCCUUACGAGGAUGAUGAGGAGGACGAAGAUGGGGAAGAUAAUAACAUGUAAAUAAAUUAUUCAAACGACGUUACAGCCAUUAACUUAAUUAAUUACAACUGCUUUAUUGAACAUCAGUCUGCAAUAUUUCCAUUUGUGUACAUGCACACCUGAAGAAUGCUGGUCAUUUCUGAUUGGUUAACUAAAUAACAUUAUCCAAUCAGUGACAGAAACGUUUUUGUGAGUGGAAGAAGAGCUUCCUCCAGCCAACAGCAUUAUGCUGCGUUGUAGUAGUUUCUGUCGAAAUGCUAAAAUAAAGGCCACGUUUCGACAGGAUAGCCAGAUGGGAUAACUUUUCGAGCAUAGCUGUCCACUGACUAUUAUUUUAUGUUCUCCUUAUCUCUCUUCCACAAAUAAACGAGACGUCAUUUUGUGCAUAG